GGGUACACAACAGCAUGGUGGACUCGUUCCUCACCACAGUGAUAUCUGGAAUCGAGAGCGUCAUCAGGUCGGCUCUCAAGCUUCACAAGAGAAAUGGCUUCACUGACUUCUUCUCCCAUGUCGGCAGCUCCAUUGCAUCGGCCUUCUCCCCCAUGGUUGACGGUGUGAAACAGAUGGCGGCUUCAGCUGGAAAUGCCAUCAAAACAAGUGCACUAGGUUUCUCCGCGGCAGCCAAGGACUCCAUGAACCAGCUGGGCGAGAAGCUCAAGGAACACCUGCACACACUCGGCCAGCACGCGGGCAAGCUCGUGGAGCACGGAAAGAAUGCACUGAGUGCCAUGAAGGACGCAGCUGGUGAUAUCAUGAAGCAGACACUCAGCAACAUGAAAGAUCCCCUGACAGGGAUUAAACAGACCUUGACCAGCGCUGGGGGCACUAUUGUCCAGCAGGUGGUUAACGCCAUGAGUGGAGGAGACCACGCCCUAGGCGAUAAGGACACCGUCCCUACUAAUCAGUAGAUGCAGUUGUCCUCUGUUUCAUCACUUGCAUGAUCACCAGCUUCAUCCUUUCCUAAUAAAACUACAAUGGUCA